UUGUUUAGCCAAUCAAAGUAUAUCUUAUAUCUAAAGUCAACAAGAACGCAAAGAGACAUAUUGCUAAGCAACCAAGUUCAAAAUGGCUGCUGAUGGCGGGAACAUUUCUAUCGCUGCUUGAAGAAGAUCUUUUAAGUCCUGGAAAUUGGAGCAAAUAUACUCCCUUUGCUAACCCUUAAAAUGGGUGACGCUGCUUCAACGAAGGAAGAUUACCUUAAAGUCUGUGCCGAAUUGGAGAAAGAACCCGAUACGGGAAUCUUAGCUGUUUUGAAUUCUGCAGUAGAUGACAAUUUUCUGGAUCCCAUCAUUGAGUUUGACUUGUUCCUACAUGGUAACAAGAGGAAUGAACGCAAUGAAAUGUACAGAAGAAGACUUACUGACGAGGAUGCAUCCAUAUUGUACAAGACAUUAAGAAGCAACACUUUUAUAAUUGGACUUGAUUUAGGAUAUAACUGUAUUGGAGAUGAUGGAGCCAAUUUGAUGAGUCAACUUCUCCAGGAGACAGUUUGUCUUCAGUGGUUAGUGUUAAGUUACAAUGACAUUGGACCUGCUGGAGGUGAGGCAAUUGCAAAAGGAUUGCAGGUAAAUGAAACCCUUGGUAAGCUGAGAUUAAAUGGCAACAAAAUAAAAAACAAAGGUGGAAUGGCAAUUGCUGGAUCUCUUCAAGUCAACACUAUGCUAGAGGAACUUGAUCUUGGUGAAACGGACCAGGAGAUAGAAAGUAUAAUAGCCAUAACCACUGUACUCAACUUCAACAACACGCUAAAAUCUGUGAAUUUGAACAGACCUAUACUCUUUACCCGUCAGGAGGAAACCACAGUUCAUGUGGCCAAAAUGCUGAAAGUGAAUGUUAGACUACAAGAAAUCCACCUUACACAUUAUGACAUGAGAGAUUUUGGUGCAGAGAGAUUGAAGGAAAACCUUAUGGAUAACUUAGCACUGACACACCUGGAUUUAAGAAGCAACAACAUUACAAGAGAUGGUGCCAAACAGCUGGCUAUCCUUCUGAAGAGCAACACUCCUCUAGAAGUACUGAACUUGGCAUACAACAGAAUUGAAGAUGAUGGAGCCAUUGCUCUUGCUGAUGCAUUAGCUGCUUACAACACCAACCUUACCACGUUGGUGAUUUGUAGCAAUAACAUAGCUGGUAAAGGAUUAUGUGCUGUGGCCAAAGCAAUGAGAAGCAAUGGUUCACUUCAUGCUGUUUACAUAUGGGGAAAUAAACUAGAAGAAUCAGCAUGUACGGCUUUUCAGGGUUUGCUGGAUGGCCCCAUUCCUCGUCUUGACCCAAGCAAUACAGAUGUUGAGCCUUAUGUGGUAGAUGGUGUGGUAUAUUUAGCAAGACUGUCAAGCCCCUUUUAGUUAGUAAAACUAGGUAAACUGUCCAAGGUAUAGAUAAGAUUUUUUUGUACAAAAUUCACCCAACUAGGGAUUUUGUAUCUGCACUUUUAGAUCAACUAAAAAAUAUUGCAAGAAAACAGAAGAUUUACAUUGUCCAUAGAAAGUCUCUGCAAAUGCUUUGCUUAGGCCAAAUUCUUCAAGCAGAAAAAAGUUUACUUUGUGACAUGGAAAAUUAUUUGACAUUGAUAUGAACUUAUCAUAAACUUAAUACAAAAAAAUCAAGGGACAAAUGUUUGUGGCUUUAAAAUCAGCUCAAGUACAACCAUUUUCCAAGUUAAGAUAGAGUAUGUCCCAAGAUUAAUUACAUAAAUUAUCAACAUGUAUGUCUCAUGAACAUCUGUUGCAAAUUGUUAUGGUGUUACUUUCAAGUUUUUAAGUGCUGUAGUGUACUUGUUAAGGCUUUCAUGAAUUUUCUUGGAGUGAAACUUCUUAUCUAACACUGUUCCAAUACUGUGAUACAAAUUAAUUUAGAGUUGAUUGACAGUGAGACUUAAUUUUUAUUGAAUUAAUGCUUAUUUUUUAGUACAACUUGAGUUUUAUAUGAAAAUUUCACCCUGGAAAAUUAUGCACAUUUUAUCCAUCAAAAUGAACAUUAUAUAUUCUAUAGACAAGGCUAAAAGAUUAGGAAAAAAAUUAUUAAAAUGUUUAAACCAAACGUUU